AUAAAAGACAGUGUUUCAAUUGGUGUUACGUCUGUGCUAGUGAAGCGAGGAUUUGGUAAAAAGGAUGUGGAGGAAGGUUUAAAAAAAUUCGCCGAAGGCAAACUGUAUUGAAAAAGAUAACAUCAAAAUUUAGGCCGAGAAAUAAUCUAAAUCGCGCAGUAUUUUGUGGCUAACAAAGAGUCUUUCCAAAAUGAGUGUUCGCAAACCAAAGCUGAUUGUAUUUGAUCUAGACUGGACUCUUUGGCCCUUCCAUGUGGACACAAACGUGGACCCCCCAUUUACAAAACUACCCAAUGGAAAAGUUGUCGAUCAGAGGAAACGAGAAAUCGAGCACUUCGCUGAAAUUCCAGCAAUCCUGGAGAGACUGGUUUCGGAGGGCUACAAAGUAGGUGUUGCCUCUAGGACUGGCGAGAUCAAGGGCGCUGAACAGUUGCUUAAACUGUUCGACUGGAACAAGUACUUCUCAUACAAAGAAAUCUACCCAGGGUGCAAGAAGACCCAUUUCAGCAAGUUUAAGAAGAACUCUGGGUUGGACUACAGUGAAAUGCUCUUCUUCGACGACGAGUAUAGAAACAUCAGGGACUUGGUGUCCAUAGGGGUUUGCUCCAUAUUGGUGGAUGAAGGGGUGGACUCAAGUGUUAUUGAGGAGGGCCUAAGGAAGUUUUCGGAAGGCAAACUUCAAUAAUUUCCUAAUUAAUGCUCUCUGAGAAGCAACACAAUGCUGUGUAUUUAUGAAACAAUUUACUUAAAAAGGACCACAACAUAUUUAUUGACAAAUAUUAAAAUAAAAUGCUUUAGUCAGCAAUGCA